AUGUCUGAACAAGCAAUACGCAGCAACAUCAGUAAUAGAAGCUUGAAAUUAAUAAUUGCUGGUAUUGCAGCCGGAAUAGUAAUUACAAUCACUAUUCUGGGUCUUGCAAUAGCCAUAUUUGUUAAGGUGAACAGCAGCAGCAGCAGCACACCAGAUAAUUCACCUUCAGCUGGUUCGCUUUUAGGUGAUUCCAUUCGUAUUGAAGAAUUAAUGGAUCAUCUGAAAGAGUUCCAACGCAUUGCUACUUCUAAUAGUGGAACUCGGGCUGUUACCACACUAGGGUUUAAUCAAACACUUGAUUACAUUAGAGAUACUCUUGCCAUUAACACUGAUUUUGUGGUAUCUAGUAAAUAUUUCCCUAUACGUCAAUUUGGUCUCAAUAGUGAUCCAAUAUUAACUUCCUCGAUUAAUGGUGUAGACAAAACUUACACAUAUUCAAAGAAUCUUGCGACUGCCGACUUCUAUCAUAUUGACUUCUCAACAGCAGUUGAUUUUUCGGCUUUCGUCCAACUUACUGCGAUUCCAAAUGUUGGAUGUUCCGAUGAUGACUGGCAAAACGCCAAUCCACCACCCAACGGAAGAGUAGCAAUAGUAAAACGAGGCAUCUGUGCAUUUCCUGACAAAGGUGCUCUUGCUGCUAAAUACAAUGUAACCGCUCUUUUGAUCUACAAUGAUGGAGCAAGUCCUGACCGUGUAUCUCCAAUCGCUAUUGGUCUUGGCCAAGAAAGUUUCUUACCUGCUCUAUUUCUCUCAUUUCCCGUUGGUCAAGAACUUGCUAAUGCAGCUCUAAGCAUAUCAAAUAAUACAGGUGUUCGACUUACCAUUGAUGUUAAAAAUUUACCGUUAUCACCCAUAGGCAAUAUUUGUGCUGAUACGCCAACAGGUGAUGCAACUCAAACUAUUGUUAUAGGUAGUCAUAGUGACAGUGUUCCAGCUGGUCCAGGAAUCAAUGAUAACGGCAGUGGCAGUGCAGCAAAUCUCGGUUUAGCCGUUGCACUUGCACGACUUUUUAAAACAUCAACCUAUGCAAAAUAUAAAUAUCGAGUUCGAUUCUGUUGGUGGGGCGCAGAAGAGAUCGGUCUUCUUGGUUCAGAUUAUCAUGUUAAACAAGCUAAAAUUUCUACUGUGGUUGGCAGUGGCAGUGCAGCAAAUCUCGGUUUAGCCGUUGCACUUGCACGACUUUUUAAAACAUCAACCUAUGCAAAAUAUAAAUAUCGAGUUCGAUUCUGUUGGUGGGGCGCAGAAGAGAUCGGUCUUCUUGGUUCAGAUUAUCAUGUUAAACAAGCUAAAAUUUCUACUGUGGUUGGUGAACGUUUGAGUGACUAUUUAGUUAAUCUUAACUAUGAUAUGCUAGGCUCACCGAAUUAUAUUUUUGGUAUUUAUGAUGGUAAAACAGCAAACAGUGACACACCAGUUACCGCCCUUCCUGGUAGUAACAAAAUGACUGCUUUGUAUCGUCAAUGGUUUGAUGAACAGAAAUUACCAUGGAAUUAUACUGAUUUCAGCGGUCGAAGCGAUUACGGUCCAUUUUUAGCUGAAGGAAUCGUGGCUGGCGGAUUGUUCUCUGGCGCAGAUGGUACGAAAACGCUGGAUGAACGAAAUUAUUAUGAUCAAAUGCUUGGUCAAGGCAUGGGUGGGAUUGCUGGCGCUAUUCACGAUCCAUGUUAUCAUCGACAGUGUGACUCAAUUCAAAACAUCAAUGCAUUUGCAUAUGAAAAGAUGGUACAAGCUGCUGCUUAUGUUUUAGAACAACUAGCUCGUCAAGAUGAUUUGAAGACAUGGCUUUAUCCGGAAGGUAGACAAAUUCGUUACAGAAAUCAACCGCCGAAAAGAAAAUAUGACUCGAUAAAUGAAUAUUUUGGCAUGCCCUACGCAUGA